UUGUUAGUAUACAUAUGUGGAAAUUAUUUUGGUUUGUGUUGAUCAAUUCUUGGUGUUAAUUGUAUACUGAAUUUUGAGAAUUAUUUUAGUUUUCAAUCAGUAAACAAACUUUUUUAUUAAUUGAGCCUGAUCGAAAAAUCAAGAUAGAUUGAAAUGAACUGAAAGUAUAUAAACUGACUUACAAUAAGGUACAUUGUUUCAAUGUUGAGGACACUAACGUUAUUAAGGGUCGCAUGGAUGCCAAAUUUUGUAGCUUUUUAUUUUAAAAUCGUUAAGUGAACGUAAGGAAAGCAGAGAACAUAAAGGAAGCAUAUGAAGUUGUAAGUUUAAAAUCAACCAUGGCUCUAAUGAGUGGUCCACAGAAAAGAAAGGAAAUUUACAAAUAUGAAGCACCAUGGCCUUUAUACAGUAUGAAUUGGUCGGUGCGUCCUGACAAAAGAUUUCGUUUGGCUCUUGGUAGUUUCGUCGAAGAAUACAAUAAUAAAGUUCAAAUUGUUUCUCUCGAUGAAGAAACAGCUGAAUUUAGUGCAAAAAGCACUUUUGACCAUCCUUAUCCCACUACAAAAAUUAUGUGGAUUCCAGACAGUAAAGGAUCAUAUCCUGAUCUUCUAGCAACUUCAGGCGACUACUUAAGGAUAUGGCUUGCCGGUGAACCUGAAACUAGAUUAGAAUGUGUCUUAAAUAAUAAUAAAAAUUCUGAUUUUUGUGCUCCGCUUACAUCGUUCGAUUGGAACGAAAUAGAUCCUAAUAUUAUUGGGACAUCAAGUAUAGACACGACCUGUACUAUUUGGUCUAUUGAAACAGCACAAGUUUUAGGACGUGUGACUGGAUGUGUUAAAACACAAUUAAUUGCACACGACAAAGAGGUUUAUGACAUUGCUUUUAGUCUUGCUGCCGGUGGACGUGAUAUGUUUGCUUCUGUCGGAGCCGAUGGUUCUGUUAGAGUUUUUGAUCUACGUCAUUUAGAACAUUCCACUAUUAUUUAUGAAGAUCAACAUCGUACUCCUUUAUUGAGGCUUGCUUGGAAUAAGCAAGACAGUAAUUUUAUUGCCACAGUUGCUAUGGAUGCUUGUGAAGUUAUAAUAUUGGAUAUUCGAGUUCCUUGUACACCAGUUGCAAGGUUAAAUAAUCACAGGGCAAGUGUGAAUGGUAUUGCUUGGGCACCACAUUCUUCAUGUCACAUUUGCACAGCAGGUGAUGAUCAUCAGGCAUUAAUAUGGGAUAUUCAACAAAUGCCAAGAGCAAUUGAAGAUCCAAUUUUGGCUUAUACUGCGGCAGAGGGUGAAGUAAAUCAAAUUCAAUGGGGUGCAACACAACCAGAUUGGAUUGCUAUUUGUUAUAAUAAAGCAGCUGAAAUUUUACGAGUAUAAUUUUUCAGUAUUCUUUGUUAUAUAUACAUAUAUAGUGCAUUUUUUCACAAUGCAAAAUUGUAUACAAGUAUUACUUUUUGUUGAUGAAGCUAAAUUUAUAUAAACGUGUGAACAAAU